GCGACCUGCGCGUUUCCCGGGGCCGAGGCCACGCGCAGCAAAGACGAGCCGCAACCCCACGCAGUGAAUCCUAAGGCAAGCCCUCUGGACCCGGCCGCUCCGUAGGCCACUCCUGGGCCUGGGAAGAUGGAGGGGGACCAGCGGUCUGGCCCACCCGCCCAGAGCCUGCUCCCUGAUAGCCACUUGGUCCUAUGGACGCUGUGCUCCGUGCUGUUGCCGGUGUUCAUCACCUUAUGGUGUAGUCUGCAACGCUCGCGCCGGCAGCUGCACCGCAGGGACAUCUUCCGCAAGAGCAAGCAUUGCUGGCGUGACACCGACCUGUUCAGCCACCCCACCUACUGCUGCGUGUGCGCGCAGCACAUCCUGCAAGGAGCCUUCUGCGACUGCUGCGGGCUCCGCGUGGACGAGGGCUGCUUGAAGAAGGUCGACAAGCGCUUCCCAUGCAAGGAGAUCAUGCUCAAGAAUGACAGCAGAGUAGCAGAUGCCAUGCCCCACCACUGGAUCCGUGGCAACGUCCCUCUGUGCACUUACUGUGUAAUCUGCAGGCAGCAGUGUGGCAGCCAGCCUAAACUCUGCGAUUACAGGUGCAUUUGGUGCCAGAAGACAGUCCAUGACGAGUGUAUGAGAAACAGCUUAAGGAGCGAACAGUGUGACUUUGGAGAAUUCAGAAAUCUCAUCAUCCCACCAAGCUAUUUAACUUCCAUUAACCAGAUGCGUAAAGACAAAAACACAAAUUAUGAAAUGCUUGCUUCUAAGUUUGGAAAGCAGUGGACCCCAUUAAUAAUCCUGACCAACUCUCGUAGUGGAACUAACAUGGGAGAAGGACUGUUGGGAGAGUUUAAGAUCCUGUUAAAUCCAGUCCAGGUGUUUGAUGUAACUAAGACUCCCCCGAUCAAAGCUCUGCAGCUGUGCACUCUUCUUCCCUAUUACUCAGUCCGAGUCCUUGUUUGUGGAGGGGACGGGACUGUGGGCUGGGUCCUCGAUGCAAUUGAUGAAAUGAAGAUUAAGGGACAAGAAAAAUACAUUCCAGAGGUUGCAGUCUUACCUCUGGGAACAGGCAAUGAUCUGUCUAAUACCCUGGGUUGGGGUACAGGCUAUGCUGGAGAAAUCCCGGUUGCACAGGUCUUAAGAAAUGUAAUGGAAGCAGAUGGAAUCAAACUAGACAGAUGGAAAGUGCAGGUAACAAAUAAAGGAUACUACAAUUUAAGAAAACCCAAGGAGUUCACAAUGAACAACUACUUCUCUGUUGGACCCGACGCCCUCAUGGCUCUCCACUUUCACGCUCAUCGUGAGAAGGCGCCAUCUCUGUUUUCCAGCCGAAUCCUUAACAAGGCUGUUUAUUUAUUCUAUGGAACUAAAGAUUGUUUAGUGCAAGAGUGUAAAGAUUUGAAUAAAAAAAUUGAGCUAGAACUGGAUGGUGAGCGAGUUGAACUGCCUAAUUUGGAGGGUAUUAUUGUUCUGAACAUUGGAUACUGGGGCGGUGGCUGCAGACUGUGGGAAGGAAUGGGAGAUGAGACUUAUCCUCUAGCCAGACAUGAUGAUGGCUUACUGGAAGUUGUUGGAGUAUAUGGGUCUUUCCACUGUGCUCAAAUCCAGGUGAAACUGGCAAAUCCUUUCCGAAUAGGACAAGCACAUACAGUUCGGCUGACUUUGAAGUGCUCCAUGAUGCCGAUGCAGGUGGAUGGGGAGCCGUGGGCCCAAGGGCCCUGUACUGUCACCAUAACACACAAGACACAUGCACUGAUGCUCUACUUCUCUGGAGAGCAGUCGGAUGAUGACAUCUCAAGCCCUUCAGAUCACGAGGACUUAAAGGAAGCCGAGUAGAAGGAUGAGAUGAAGCAGCCUCUGUGACAUGUUGUCCAUAAGACGCACUGCUGGCCUCCAGCCGUCAUUUCAUUCUUCGUAGUAUGUGUGUGAACCACAUAAACAGCUUUUCCUCAGCUAGACUUCAGUAUCACAGACUCUCUGCCAGCAACACACUCUGAUCAUUAUCACUAAUUGAAAAAAAACCACAGAAAGGUCCACAAAGAUGAAAGGCCUUCCUGGCUGGAUGCUUUAAGACUGGCCUCACGCUGCAUUAUGCACUGCCUUGGUGGACAGGAUGUGGGUGGAAGGAUCAUUCCCUUAGUUCUUGAUAUGGUUAUAACACGUUAAACCUUAGCUUGCUUUUUGAA